AUGUUGCUCGAUGUCGAUGUAGGAGAUGAAGACUUGAUUGCCAUGAAUUGGGGUAAGAGUAGGGGUUUCGAGCUUUCCCCAGAUCUCCGAGGUCUUCUGUCAGACGAUCCUAUGCUUGCGAGGUCAUUGGCGUAUUAUGCUCAAGGAAAGUAA